AUGUUGGUGAACACGGCCCCCCAGCCCCAGCGCGGGGCCAGCGCCGCCCUGGCCCUCUUCCAGCUCCCCCACCGAGGAACAUGCUCCAUCCCGACCCAGGGUCAGCCUCUGGAGAAGGGGACACCAGGUGCAGGGCAGCUGAAGUUUGGGGAGCUGGAGGUGGAGGUUCCCCCUGUCCCGGAGCCAGAUGGGCUGGAGAAGCUGGUGCUCACCAGGGGUUUGCUGACGUGCUGCAAGACCGACAUCCUCAGCUGUCAGCUGGAGAGCUUCACCCACCGGGCCUGCCUGCUGCUGGACGUGGUCCUUCCCACGGUGUGUGCCCUCACCAAGGAGCAGAAGGACUGCCACUACUACUGCUUCCAAGCCUGUGCCCUGUGGCUGCAGCGCCUGCGGGACAGCCUGCCUGCCCUCCAGCGCCUGACGGGGACCCGCGUCCUGGGACAGGACACCGAGCUGCUCCAGCGGCUCACCCAGCUGCUGUGGGACAACGCCGAGACCCCGGUGGAAGGGGUGUCCGAGUUCAUCCACACCUCCUUCCGACUGCUCCUGGAGAUCUACCACCUCGAGUGCCAGCACUUCCAGGACCAGGAGAGACCCCUCUACCAACAGAUGCUGCAGAGGGUGGUCUCCAUGCCGUGGCAAAUCAAAGCCAGAUACGUGCCCCUGUGUGCCGUCGUUCCCUACCUGGGCAGCCAGAGCACUGCCAGGAGAUGCAGAGACAAGCACCUGGAGGAGGCUCUCCGGCUGUCGCGGGCGCUGAGCGAGGGUCUGCGGGCGCUGGGUGAGGCGGAGGCACGGCCCCUGCUCCGCUGCGUCCUGGCUUUCCAGAUGGAGGCAACCGGCAGCUCCAGCUCCUUCCAGAAACUGGAACAGAUGGUGACCCAGCUGGCGGUGGGGAAGGAAGCCCUGCUGUCCCGGGAGGUGGGCGCGCUGCUGGCCGGCCUGGUGCCGCCGGGAGAGGUGCUGUCUCCUGGGGACCUUCAGUCAGUGUGCAUGUUCAUGGAGGAGAGCAGCCUGGGCCGGCAGCACUGGCAGCAGAACCUGGCCCCGCUGCUGCAGGGCCUGGCCACCACCUUGCGCUGGGUGCUACGGAGCCAGCCCCCUCCCGCCGGCACGUGGGGCUACCUGGCUGUCAAGGCCUGCCUCCAGCUCUUCCAGGCGCUGCCGAAGGACGUGGCCCCCCUGGUGUGGAGCACGGUGGGGAAGAGCAAAGCCCUGCAGAGCCUGCUGGGGCUGCUGCUGGAGGUGUCAUGGGGGAAGGCCCCAGACAAGGAGACGCGGCUGCUGGCGGGGACAGCCCUGAGCAUGUUGGUGAACACGGCCCCCCAGCCCCAGCGCGGGGCCAGCGCCACCCUGGCCCUCUUCCAGCUCCCCCACCGAGCAGGUGCAGGGCAGCUGAAGUUUGGGGAGCUGGAGGUGGAGGUUCCCCCUGUCCCGGAGCCAGAUGGGCUGGAGAAGCUGGUGCUCACCAGGGGUUUGCUGACGUGCUGCAAGACCGACAUCCUCAGCUGUCAGCUGGAGAGCUUCACCCACCGGGCCUGCCUGCUGCUGGACGUGGUCCUUCCCACAGUGUGUGCCCUCACCAAGGAGCAGAAGGACUGCCACUACUACUGCUUCCAAGCCUGUGCCCUGUGGCUGCAGCGCCUGCGGGACAGCCUGCCUGCCCUCCAGCGCCUGACGGGGACCCGCGUCCUGGGACAGGACACUGAGCUGCUCCAGCGGCUCACCCAGCUGCUGUGGGACAACGCCGAGACCCCGGUGGAAGGGGUGUCCGAGUUCAUCCACACCUCCUUCCGACUGCUCCUGGAGAUCUACCACCUCGAGUGCCAGCACUUCCAGGACCAGGAGAGACCCCUCUACCAACAGAUGCUGCAGAGGGUGGUCUCGAUGCCGUGGCAAAUCAAGGCCAGAUACGUGCCCCUGUGUGCCGUCGUUCCCUACCUGGGCAGCCAGCAGGUGCUGGACGCCUACCCGGACCUUCCGCAGCACCUCCUGAGCUGCCUCUCCACCAACCACCUCUGUCCCACCGCCACCGAGGUCUACAAGGCCCUGGUGCGGCAGCAGCGUGCCGAGGGGCAGGGGGGCACGGAGGCAGCCCUGGCAGAGCGGUGGGCACUGGCCUGGCUGCCCCUGCUCUCCCAGGCCCUCCGCUCCCCCCUGCCCAUCCUGCAGAGCAAUGUCGCCAACCACCUCCUGGCCUGGACUCUGCAGCAGCUCCCGGCUGCCCACGCACUGCUGGCUGCCCGCUUCAGCGCCCGGGACACGGCGUCGCUCCGGGCGUGGGUCUCGCUGCUGAAGGCACAGAAGAGCGUGGCGGGGACCCUGCCGCUGCGGGGCGAGGAGCUGGAGCGUCUCUCCUGCUGCCUGGGCGCCCGGGAGGACGGCGUGCGGCUGGCGGCGCUGGGUCUCCUCUGCUGCAGCCCCAGCACCAACCGACCCCUCUCGGGCAGCGAGAUGCGGCUCCUGCGGGAGUUCCUGCCCCUCAACCUCAACUGCGACUCCUCCUCGUUCCGGCAGCUGCUGCAGGCGGCGGUGAGGAAGGCGCUGGUGCGGCUGCGGGACAGCUCGCUGGCCCAGCUGCGAGGGAAGGUGGCCCAAGGAGCCCAGCCCAGCCAGGGAGCGGAGCAACUGGCCCAGGCAGUAGGAUUCGUGGAGUGGCUGCUGCAGCUCAGCAUCACCUCGCUCAGCCCGGGCGCCAACUACCAGAGGAAGAAGACGGCUCUGCUCCUCCUGGCCGCGGUUCUGGAGACCUGCACGGACACCUGGAGCCCCGAGAGGAAGAAGGGCCAGCCCCCACGGACCAUGGCCACGCUGCUGAGCUACGCCAGGCAGAGCGGCUGCUGGGACUUCUUCUCCCAGCCCAAUUUGUUGGCCCUGCUGAGCUGCUUGCAGGACAGCACUAACGAGAUCAGAGACUUGGCCUCGGAGCUUCUUGUCCGUUACUUUCCCCCCACGUUCCCUGAGCCCAUCGCCCUGGCUCUCUUCCAGCUGGCCCAGGAGGCCCUGGGCAGCCCGCGAGUGCAGGAGGCUGAAGCUGGAGCCGUGCUGAUGAAGACCAUCCUGCAGAAGUCGGACAGCAGCACCAUGAAGAGCCUGGCCCUGGAGGCUGAAGCAGCCCCCACGUUGCCCAACCGAGGGCUGUGCUUCGCCCAGCACCUUCUCCACGUGCUGCAAGCCCAGUACGCGGCGGCGUGCCAGGACCUGCUGCAGGCAGCAGCCACCGCACCGAUGCACGGAGCCAUCGCAGCCCUGCGGAGGUGCCUGCUCCAGGUGCCGGAGGUGGCCGCCUCCAUGCGGGCAGCAGAGCUGGCGCAGAGCUGGCAGGAGCUCCUCACCCGCCUGGUGACCACCACCAAGGACAUCACCUCCUUCCUUCUGGGCGCUCUGCAGAGCCAGCGAGGCCCCGGCACCGAUGAGCAAGCUGCGGCCCCAUCGUUUGCAGACAUGGGGAACGCCAUCGGCUCCCUCAUCAUGCUGGGGAAAGGCCGGGGGCAGGAGGAAGAGGAGGAGGAGGACUCAGUCCUGCUGUCGGAGGAGCACAGCCUGAUCCUGACCUGCUGCUGGGUGUCGGUGAAGGUAGGCACCCCUCCCCAUGGCACCGGGGACAGGGGCACCCCAGCACAGCAACCACCACCCAGCUCACCCCCGCAGCCGGGCUCCUCGGUGCUGGACGCCUACCCGGACCUUCCGCAGCACCUCCUGAGCUGCCUCUCCACCAACCACCUCUGUCCCGCCGCCACCGAGGUCUACAAGGCCCUGGUGCGGCAGCAGCGUGCCGAGGGGCAGGGGGGCACGGAGGCAGCCCUGGCAGAGCGGUGGGCACUGGCCUGGCUGCCCCUGCUCUCCCAGGCCCUCCGCUCCCCCCUGCCCAUCCUGCAGAGCAAUGUCGCCAACCACCUCCUGGCCUGGACCCUGCGGCAGCUCCCGGCUGCCCACCCGCUGCUGGCCGCCCGCUUCAGCGCCCGGGACACGGCGUCGCUCCGGGCGUGGGUCUCGCUGCUGAAGGCGCAGAAGAGCGUGGCGGGGACCCUGCCGCUGCGGGGCGAGGAGCUGGAGCGUCUCUCCUGCUGCCUGGGCGCCCGGGAGGAUGGCGUGCGGCUGGCGGCGCUGGGUCUCCUCUGCUGCAGCCCCAGCACCAACCGACCCCUCUCGGGCAGCGAGAUGCGGCUCCUGCGGGAGUUCCUGCCCCUCAACCUCAACUGCGACUCCUCCUCGUUCCGGCAGCUGCUGCAGGCGGCGGUGAGGAAGGCGCUGGUGCGGCUGCGGGACAGCUCGCUGGCCCAGCUGCGAGGGAAGGUGGCCCAAGGAGCCCAGCCCAGCCAGGGAGCGGAGCAACUGGCCCAGGCAGUAGGAUUCGUGGAGUGGCUGCUGCAGCUCAGCAUCACCUCGCUCAGCCCGGGCGCCAACUACCAGAGGAAGAAGACGGCUCUGCUCCUCCUGGCCGCGGUUCUGGAGACCUGCACGGACACCUGGAGCCCCGAGAGGAAGAAGGGCCAGCCCCCGCGUGAGUAUGGGCAGCAUCACCCCUCGGCUGCAGGGCUGCUCUCCCCUGUCCCUGUCCCACCGCCCCGUGUCCCCACCGCAGGGACCAUGGCCACGCUGCUGAGCUACGCCAGGCGGAGCGGCUGCUGGGACUUCUUCUCCCAGCCCAAUUUGUUGGCCCUGCUGAGCUGCUUGCAGGACAGCACUAACGAGAUCAGAGACUUGGCCUCGGAGCUUCUUGUCCGUUACUUUCCCCCCACGUUCCCUGAGCCCAUCGCCCUGGCUCUCUUCCAGCUGGCCCAGGAGGCCCUGGGCAGCCCGCGAGUGCAGGAGGCUGAAGCUGGAGCCGUGCUGAUGAAGACCAUCCUGCAGAAGUCGGACAGCAGCACCAUGAAGAGCCUGGCCCUGGAGGCUGAAGCAGCCCCCACGUUGCCCAACCGAGGGCUGUGCUUCGCCCAGCACCUUCUCCACGUGCUGCAAGCCCAGUACGCGGCGGCGUGCCAGGACCUGCUGCAGGCAGCAGCCACCGCACCGAUGCACGGAGCCAUCGCAGCCCUGCGGAGGUGCCUGCUCCAGGUGCCGGAGGUGGCCGCCUCCAUGCGGGCAGCAGAGCUGGCGCAGAGCUGGCAGGAGCUCCUCACCCGCCUGGUGACCACCACCAAGGACAUCACCUCCUUCCUUCUGGGCGCUCUGCAGAGCCAGCGAGGCCCCGGCACCGAUGAGCAAGCUGCGGCCCCAUCGUUUGCAGACAUGGGGAACGCCAUCGGCUCCCUCAUCAUGCUGGGGAAAGGCCGGGGGCAGGAGGAGGAGGAAGAGGAGGACUCAGUCCUGCUGUCGGAGGAGCACAGCCUGAUCCUGACCUGCUGCUGGGUGUCGGUGAAGGAGAUCGGGCUGCUCCUGGGGGGGCUGGCUGAGCUGCUGCUGGCCCCCCCAGCGCUGCCCACCGGAUGGGGGUCCCUCCUGCCACUCCCCACCCUGCAGACAGCCGCGAGGGUCUUCCAGGAAAUCCUGCUGCGGUGCCGGCACUGGCAGGAGAUCGGGCUGCUCCUGGGGGGGCUGGCUGAGCUGCUGCUGGCCCCCCCAGCGCUGCCCACCGGAUGGGGGUCCCUCCUGCCACUCCCCACCCUGCAGACAGCCGCGAGGGUCUUCCAGGAAAUCCUGCUGCGGUGCCGGCACUGGGGAGCGGUGGAGGGCUGCAGCAUGGGCUUCACCAAGUUCUGUGCCGCUCUGCUGAACCACCCGGACCCGGAGCUGCAGGCCAUCCCACAGAACAUGCUGGAGCAGGUACCAUGCUCGUUCUGCCCCAUGUCCCCCCUCAGUGUCCCCUGUGCCCCCCCAGCUGCCUGGCAGCCACAAUGCUGCAGGGCAGGGCUGACGGCCGGUCCCCACCCUGCAGAGCAGCUUCGGGCUCCAGCCAGCAGGUCUCCAGCCAUAUCUCGGGUGGGUUUUGCUCCUCAGGGCUUAGAAGCGCUGAGCGGACCCCGCAGCAGCUCGAUCACACGCCGUGCUGCCGGCUUCCCCAUGCUCUUCCUCUGCAUCGCCAGCGGGGAGGCCCCGGCGCAGGCACGGCCGCUGCUGACCCGCUGUGUCCAGACGCUGCUGGCCUUGGCCACCACAGCCCUGCCACAGGACUGGGACCAGACCCUCGACCUCCCGCAGGUGUGUGCCUGCCACGUGCUGCAGACGCUGGUGCGUGGCGCGGGGCUGGGUGGUGCGGUGCUGCGGCACGCCACGCCGAUGGUGGCCCUGGCCCUGCGGGGCUUAGGCUCCCCGUGUUGGGCCAUGAGGAACGCAGCCAUCCAGCUCUUCAGUGCCCUCACGUCCCGGCUGCUGGGCCAGCAGCGGAGCCGUGGGGAGGGCUGCCCGGCGGAGGGGGUGAGCCUGCAAGCCUUCCUGGGGCAGCACCUCCAGCUUGGCACCGUGCUGCUGGGCGAGCUGGGGACGGCCACCCUGCCCACACCGGGGGGGCCCCAGCUGCACCCCGCGCUCCACGCCGUCCUCACCCUCCUGGCCCAGCUGCAGCCCAGCGCUGAUGGCCCCGGCAGCCGCUCUGCUGGUUUCCUGGGGCCGCUGCUGGAGCUGGCAGGGAGCCCCAUCUUCGCCGUGCGCUCCAUGGCUGCCAAGGCACUGGUGCCCGUUGUCCCACCCCCCCAGCGCCGGGGUCUCCUCCUGCAGCUGGCCCGGCAGCUCCCCACCACCCCCAGAGGGGUCUGCUCACACAACGCCGUCCACGGGCGCCUGCUGCAGAUGCGGGCGCUGCUGGCCCCAGCUCCGGGCACCGAGGGGCUGUCGGCCGAGGCGCUGCGCCCUGUGGCCCUGGAGCUGGAGGCGCGGGGAUGGCUGCUCACCCCCGCCCAGCGCUGCCCCCUCGUCCGCGACGCCUUCCUCCAGGUCCUCGCCCUCCUGCCUGCCUCCUGUAGCCCCGGCUUCACCCAGAGCAUCCGUGAGGCCAUCAGUGCUGAGCUGGGCGGCCUCCCGCCGGGGGCAGAGCCGGGAUGUGCCGAGCCACAGGUGGGCUUGGCCAUCCUCCACCAAACCAUGGCCCGCUUCGUGUGCAGCGAGGGAGCCCGGCUGGCGGACGGCGAGCGGAUCGGCGCCGUCUGCUCCCUUCUCCAGCAGCCCAAUCCCGACGUCCAGCGUGCCGUCCUGAGCUGGGUGAUCUCCGGGGAGGGAGGAACAUGCGAGGAGCUGGAGAAGGCUCUGGGGCUGACCUUGCUGGAGAGCUUGCGGUCGGUGCUACAAGAGAGGAGGGACACAGAGUUCCUGAGAUUGUACCUUGAGGCUUUGCUGCAUCUUUACAGAGAACCCUCCUCCUGGUCCCAGGAAGCUUCCCGUAAGCUCCACGGCUCCUCAGCAGCGUGCCUGGAGAUGCUGCUGCACAUGCUGGAGGCUGAGAGUCCUGGCCCCGACCUCCUCUUCCAGGCGCUGUGUGCUGCCAGCCUGCUGCUCGCCCACCGGUGUGAGGAGGAGGAGGAUGGCCCGCUGGCGGAGCGGUGGAGCAGGGUGCUGGAGGAGUGCGGCCGGUCUGUCUCCUGUGCGGAGCUGCGGCUGGCGGCCGCCCGUGCCCUGCGGCAGGCGGGUGCCGUUGUGGUGCAGCGAUCCCUGCGUCCUCCCUGUCCCGCGCUCGUCCCCGCGGCGCUGCGGCUGAUAAACGUUGGCAUUCACCUUCUGCAAGACGAGGAGCGGGAGGUCCGGCACGAGGCCUCGGGAUUCGCCAGCCUCCUGCGGCAGGACCCAGCCGAGCCCCUCCGAGAUGGCUGCAUCUUUGUGCAGGACAACCUGGGCCUCCUGGGGCUCCUGCAGCUCCUCUCGGCAGAGUUCGGGGAGCACCCCGAAACCUUCGACUUGCUGCUGCAGCAUCUCCCUGUCCUAGAUGUCAAGGGCACCAUGGAGGAGCUGGAGGCCAACAAAGCCACCAGCCUGUACAAGGAGGACGAACCCAACGUUUUUGCGGAGCCGGCCAUCAUGGCCUGGCAGCUGCUCCCCAUCCUGCUGCAGCUCCUGGAGAAGGCUCCCGCUGGCAGCCCGCUCCGUGCCUCGGCUCUGCGGUGGCUGGUGGCCACGGGCCCUGGCAUCCUGCGCGACCUGCAGUACUGCAAGCACCACUGGAGCCAAGAGGCCGCUGCCAACCGAGGGAUGAAGGCACUGGGCUGUGCCAAGCUGCACAUGGCGGUGGCCGUGCUCCUGGUGAGGGCCCGGCUGGUGGCACGGGCGCUGCGGGCACUGGGGGACAGUGCCACCACUGUGCUGGGGCUGGACGGUGGAGCCCAGGAACUGGAGCAGGAGCUGGCGCUGGUGCAGGGGCUGCUGGCACAGCACGGGCUGGCCCCUGUGCCAAGCCAGGCCAGCGUGCCAGGGGAGCCAGGACCACCCUCCGGGGCUGCCUGACAGCUCUGGGCAUGGAGCAGCAUCACGCUGGAGCCCCACAGCCCUGAGGUUCUGGGUUCACGCUGCCACAUCCCUCUGUUUGCUGGAUGGUCUCUCUGGCCACCAGCCGGGACUGGGGGUUCGGUGGUGUAACUCAGGGGAACCCCACUCUCCAUGGGGGACACACUCCCUUUGUUCCCAUCGUUUUAUCACUCUCCAUCCCAAGGGCACCAGAGCAGCAUCACCUCAGCCCCUGCCCUCGCGUCUGGCUGGAAGGGGGGAUACACACACCCUGGAACCCUCACUCUGCCUUGUGCUGCUCAACUCCCACCGCCUUAUUUUUUUAACCGUUUUAGCUCCUCAUUUGCAGUGGGCUGACCCCCCCAGCCCUCCCGUGGGGAGCUAGAAAGCUGCGA